AUGAGCUCCACCACUACUCCCCCGGCCUCCUACUCAUCGCUUCCCUUCAAAGACAUCACCGUCUCUCACGUCCCUGCUAAUUCCACAACUGCAACCAAAGUUCUCAUCUUAGCCUUCAACCGCCCCGAGAAGUACAAUGCCGUGACUGAGAAUCUGCUGACUGAGGUCGAGAGCGUCUAUAAUCUUGUUAAUACCGACGAGCGGGUCCGCGCCGUCAUCCUCACCGGUGCUGGCCCCGCCUUCUGUGCUGGAGCUGACUUGGAGGUUGGUUUCGCCGGCCUACUUGCGCACAAGGAGAGCGAAGAGUCAAUCAACAGGUUUAGGGACCAAGGUGGUCGUGUCGCUCUGGCCAUAACAAGGUGCAUUAAGCCUACCGUCGUCGCCUUAAACGGUCCUGCUGCUGGCUUUGGCCUUACUAUCACACUCCCUGCCACAAUCCGCGUCGCUUGGUCAGGCGCAAAAGUAGCACUCCCCUUUUCCCGACGAGGACUAACGCUCGAAUCAUGCAGCGCGUUCUUCCUGCCUCGCCUUGUUGGGCUGUCAAACGCUAUGCACCUCGCCACCACGGGUUCUACUUAUCUCGCAUCGGAUCCUCUGGUCAGUGGGCUGUUCUCGAAGCUUCUCCCCACUCCUCAGGAGACGGUCUCGUACGCAAUUGACCUUGCAACCGACAUCGCGGAGAACACUUCGGUAGCCAGCACAAAGCUAAUCCGGGAUAUGAUGCUCUACUGCCCUGCUACGCCGGAAGACACCCAUGUGCUGGAUUCAAGGGUCUUCAUCUCUAUUGUCGGUUCGAGGGAUAACAUGGAGGGGGUGAAGAGUUUCAUGAAGAAGAGGAAGCCGCAGUUUAGCGGGGCGAUGGAUGAGAAUGAAUUUCCUUUCUGGCCCUGGUGGAAUGCUGGGGAAAGGGAUUUCACACGCCAGGCUGACGGCAAACUCAAAGCAAAUAUCUGA